AUGGCUCCACGACCUGUUACCGAUAGGGAUACUGGUAUUAAGAUCCUAUAUGAACCAGACAAAAUCGACCUCGAUAUUGUGUUCAUCCAUGGCAUAGGCGCCCAUCCCGACGAUACGUGGGGCAAGAGAACCGGCUCGGCCGAAGAACCAGUAUUUAUUAAUUGGCUUUCACAUCCUGAUAUGCUGCCUGCGGCCGUGCCGAAUGCGCGUAUAAUGCGGUAUGGUUAUAAAUCGAACUGGUAUGGCGCCAACGCAAUUCAGCAAAACGUCUUACGAGUGGGAGAUCGCUUCCUGAGGUCGCUAUCGCGCAAACGAGAGGAUUCAUCUUGCAAGAAACGACCACUGCUGAUUGGCGCGCAUUGUUUUGGUGGGCUGGUAGCCUUAGCUGGAGUUAUACAAGCUGAACGCGACCGUAAACGAUGGCCUAAUAUAUACGAGAAUGUCACUGGCAUGCUCCUAUUUGGCACACCAUUCCGGGGCACGGAAGAAGCCAGUCAGAUGAAGAUGCUAUUGACUGCACAGUCUAUGUACAAGGGGACGAUUCACGAAGAUAUACUGGGCGUAACUUACCGAAACGACGCGUUGCUCAUGCAAAUUGUGCGGGACUUUGAAAAAAUUCGAGGAAGGGAUAACGACACGAUAAUGGUUACUUGCUUUUACGAGCUAAUUCCUGUCGAUGUUAUGAUGAUACUAUCUCUCGAAGGAGAAUUGUCUUUGAUGGUUGACCAGACCUCUGGAUGUCUCGAUAGAGCGGAGAUCGUCGGUCUCGAACGCUCGCAUUUCGACUUGAAUAAGUUUGAUGCACCAGACGAGGAGGAAUACGAGACUGUGCUGGAUGAGAUUAGGAGGAUGGUGAAGGCUGCUCCGGGUUUACUUACCGCUAAGUAUCAAGACGUCAUAAAUCAUCCGGACUCUGAAAAUGGCCAAUCUGAGGUGCUUGACGAUCAUAGUAUGGGUGAGUUAGAUCCAUGGGGUGUACAUGAGUUAUCUACUGGUGAACCUAAUGGCCGGCUACAAGACCAAACCGCUGAACACGUCCGGGGCCCAAAUGUUGACGUGAAUCAAAGAAGGAUACCGGGAACUUCCAGCCAGCCCAUGAAAUUGCCAUCGGGAAUGAAUAUGCCAAGAACUCGCUCAUGGGUGAUUAAAAGACAUCAAAGUGUCUAUUCUAUAGAGUAUGACGAAUCUAAUGACUGGCUGGGGGCUCUCACUGGCCUUCUACAGAAGAUGAGGCAUCUAGAUUUCUAG